AUGUUGAGGGACAAUUUAUUAGCAAGAAUUAAAGAUUUAGAAUUAGAAAUAUCCUUAGAAAGAAACAAAAGAGUGAAAGAAUCAGGUCAUGUAAUAACUAAUGCAGUAGCAGCUUUUCGCCAAAGAUUAGAGCGGGAAAUUGAUGAUUUAAAUGACGAAUUAUUAUCUUUCGGACAAAAAAAAGCCGAUUUAUUAAGAAAAUUAGAAGAAACUUUUGAAAAUGGAAUUAAGAAAGUCGAAAGUGCUCAACCAUCUGCUUCAACUACUAAUGAUAAGGUGAGUGAAAACAGCGAUAAUGAGACUGAUAGCGAUACCAGUGAUGAUUAUAGCGAAGUAAGUUCUAUUUUUGAUGAAUAUAAUGAAGAUGAAGUAAAAGGGGAGGCGGAAAAUACUGAUAAUAGUUCGGUUGGCUCUGCUGAUAAUAAUAAACCAAAAUACGAUAACUUGAAAGAAGGUCAUGAAGACCCUAAAUUUAUUGAAGGUUCUAGAGAAAGUAAUGUUAAAUAUGUUAUGAACCUUUUAAACAAAGAACCAGUAGUUAAAGAGGAGGAUUUAGAGGUCGAAAAUCGUAAUUGA